AUGGAGACCACAGCGGCCCGCGAGGCCCGGGGGGCCGAGGCCCCACGCCUGCCCGCGCCCCCGCCCUCGCCCGCCGAGCCCCCGGCUGCGUCCCCCACCCCGGCCGCGCCCCGAGCCCGCCCGCGCCUCGUCUUCCGCACGCAGCUGGCUCACGGCAGCCCCACGGGCAAGAUCGAGGGCUUCACCAACGUCCGCGAGCUUUACGCCAAGAUCGCCGAGGCCUUCGGGAUCGCGCCCACCGAGAUCUUAUUCUGCACCCUAAACAGCCACAAAGUGGACAUGCAGAAACUCCUGGGCGGCCAGAUAGGGUUGGAGGACUUUAUCUUUGCCCACGUGCGCGGCGAGACCAAAGAGGUGGAGGUCACUAAGACCGAGGACGCCCUGGGACUGACCAUCACUGACAACGGGGCUGGCUAUGCCUUCAUCAAGAGGAUCAAGGAAGGCAGCAUCAUCAACCGGAUCGAGGCAGUGUGCGUGGGCGACAGCAUUGAGGCCAUCAACGACCACUCAAUCGUUGGCUGCCGCCACUACGAGGUGGCCAAGAUGCUCCGGGAGCUGCCCAAGUCGCAGCCUUUCACCCUGCGCCUGGUUCAGCCCAAGAGAGCCUUCGAUAUGAUCGGCCAGAGGAGCCGGAGCAGCAAAUGCCCUAUGGAGGCAAAAGUCAGCAGUGGGAGGGAGACCCUGCGGCUUCGGUCUGGGGGGGCUGCCACCGUGGAGGAAGUGCCCAGUGAAUUUGAGGAGGAGGCAUCUCGGAGGGUGGAUGACCUGCUGGAGAGCUACAUGGGCAUUCGGGACCCAGAGCUGGGUAAGGGGCCAGGCGUCCACCAUGGUGGAGACAUCCAAGAAGACAGUGAGUGUCCAGGAGUUUGCACGCCAUUUAGACUCCGUUUUGGGCGAGUUCGCCUUCCCGGACGAGUUUGUGGUGGAGGUGUGGGCCGCCAUCGGCGAGGCCAGGGAGGCCUGUGGCUAGUGUGCCCCGGAGCCGAGCGCAGCCCCAGCCCGGAGCCCAGCCCCCUGCCCCAGCCCUCCCGGCCAGUUCCCCAAGCCCAGCCCUGCUCUGGAGUCCAGAAGCCCAGAUCUGAGACCCAGCCCUGCUCUAGAACCCAGCCCAGCUCAGAGACCAAGCCCAGAUCUGAGACUGGUAUCACCUCUGCAACACACACCAGUUUUGAGACUGAGCCCAGCCCUGAGACUCGGCCAUGCUCUAGAACCCAGCCCAGCUCAGAGACCAAGCCCAGAUCUGAGACCAAAUUCACCUCUAGAACCCAUACCAGUUUUGAGACCAAGCGCAGCCCUGAGACCCAGCCCUGCUCUAGAACCCAGCCCAGCUCAGAGACCAAGCCCAGAUCUGAGACCCAGCCCUGCCCUAGAACCCAGCUCAGCUCGGAGACCAAGCUCCCCUCUAGAGCCAAGGCCAGCUCUGAGACCAAGUUCACCUCUAGAACCCAUACCAGUUUUGAGACCAAGCCCAGCUCUGAGACCAAGCCCUGCUCUGGAACCCAGGCCAGCUCUGAGGCCCAGUUCAUCACUAGAACCCAGCCCAGUUCUGAGAUGCAACCCAGCUCCAGAACCCAGCUCACUUCUAGAACCCAGGACAGCUCUGAGGCUAAGCUGAGCUCUGAUAUAAAGUCAAGUUUGGGAACCCAGACAAGUUUUAAGAGUCAGCCAGGCUCUGAAAUCAAUCCUAAUUCUGAAAGCCAGGCCAGCUUUAUGACCCAACCCUGCCUUAAAACUCGACCCAACUCUGGAACGCAAGACAGCUCCAUGACCCAGCUGUACCUGGACACCUGGUCUAGCUCAGAAACACCAGUUAGUUCUGGAACCCAGGUGAGACUCAAGAAGCAGCCCAGUUCCAGAAGCCACGUCAGCUCAGGAUUCAAAGAGAGUUCCCAAACCCAACCCUAUUCUCAUGCCCAGACCAGCUCAGGAACCCAGAUGCAUGCCGCAGAGCAGUCCAGGUCCAGACCCCACCCCCAUACUAGGGCCCAGUCCAGCUCCAAUGAUGAGUCCAGCUCAGAGACUGAGCCCAGCUCUAUAGCCCAGACUAGUGCAACAAGCAGGCCUGUCUCCAAAAUUCAGACAAGCUCUGGAGCCCCAUCCAUCUCUGGGGCAAGGCCCGCCUCCAGAGCUCCACUUGACGCCAAGCCCCACCCUCACUGCAGAACACAGAGCAGCUCUAGAACGUCAUCCAGCUCUGGGACCCAGACAGACUUCAAGGCUUGGCCGAUUUCCAGAGUUCAGUCCAGCUCAGGCACCCCACCCAGCUCUAGAACUCAGCUCAGUUCUACAGCACAGGCUGGCUCUGAAAUCCCAUCCAGCUCUAAAACACAGUCAAUUGCUGAGACCCACUUGAGUUCCAGAAUCCAGCUAAAGUCUGGUCCUGGGACGCAGACCGAUGCAGCAACAGACUUAAGCUCCACAGCUCUGUCGAGCUCUGAGAGCAGGCCCAGCUCCAGGACCCAGCCCUGCCUGGGAGCUCAAAAAACCUCUGGGACCCAGCUCAUCUCAGAAACCCUGCCAAGCUCUAGAAACCAACUCCAGACCACACCCCCAGGCAGCUCUGGUAUUGAGCCAGACUCUGGGAGACAGACCAGCUCUGGAACUCAGCUCAUCUCUAGAGCCCAGCCCAGCUCUGGGACCCAGACCAGUUCAAGAAUACAGCCCAGCUCUGGAACCCAACCCAGCUCCAGAACGCAGACCAGUUCUGGAACCCAGCCCAUCUCUGAGACCCAGCCCAGUGCAAUAAUGCAGCCGCUCUCUGGAGUCCACCUCAUUUCUGGAACCCAAACCAGCUCCAGAACCCAGACCAGUUCUGGAACCCAACCCAGCUCCAGAACGCAGACCAGUUCUGGAACCCAGCUCAACUCUGAGACCCAGCCCAGCUCUGGGACCCAGACCAGUGCAAGAAUUCAGCCCAGCUCUGGAGCCCAGCUCAGCUCCAGAACGCAGUUCAGCUCUAGAACUCAGUUCAGAUCUGAGACUCACCACAGCUCUGAAACCCAGACCAGUUCAAGAACCCAGCCCAGCUCUGGAAUCCACCUUAGUUCCAGAACCGAAUCUGUUUCUGAAACCCAAUCCAGUUCCAGAAGCCAGACCAGCUCAAGAAUACAGCUCAGCUCUAGAAAUGGGCUCAGCCCACAGACCCCUGGCCUUGACCCCAGAACCCAGCCUGAUCCCACUCCCCCAGCCCAACCUCAACACCCAGGCCCACCACCCAGAGCCCCACCUCCAGGUCUCAGGAGGGUCUCUCACCCUCAGCCCCAUGAUCGGGUUCAAGGAGCCCAGGCCGAUACUGGCCCAGGCCUAAGCCCAUCCAUUUCUGCCCUGGUCCCACGGCCGUGGUCCCCCUCCGCCCCGCAGAAACCAGCCCUUCCCCCCAAGCCCCAGCUGAGACCCCAGAAGUCCACUCCACCCACCAAAUCUGUCAUCCCUAGUUCUGCCACCAGGGCGGCCCUCCUGCAUUCCCAGCCCCCUGAACCCUCAGCUCAGGGGCCUGCCCCCUCCCCCGUGCUCAGGGAGCCAGGGCCGGCUCCGCGGGCGUCAGAGCCCCUCCCCUACCAUGGGGGGCUAUAGCUUGGGGGUGACAUACCUGUGGCCCCCAUCCCCUCUCCUGCCCCUCCCAACCUGCGUCCCC